UCACUAGAGUCACGUGCUGAUAAUUGGUAACUUCAAUUUGCCUUUCUUUGGGCUCUGUGUAAGGCUUAGUUGGGCACUUGGACUUUGUGGCCCUCUCUCUACCGGGAAAAACAAAAGACGUUAGCUUUCCCUCCAUGGGCUUCAUCGCGUUCUCAAUCAACCUACUUGAAGCUCCUAACUUUCAAAACCCAGAAAAAACGCAGUUUUCUCAGCUCAACUCCAACGUUUCUUCUUCUCUGAAUUUAAGGAAGCUGCAUUUGCCAUACAGCAGGGCUAUUGUAAUGGAUGCAAGCAUCAGUGGUGAUUCUUCUCCAACUCGAUACAAAUGGAGAAAAGUUGCAUAUGGAGGGAUGCAACCUGGUUUUGAUGACAAUCACACAGAUGACACUUUCCUUGAAGACAUGGUCAUGAACGCUAAUGUUGUUAAAAGGAAUAUGCUCAAGGUGAUGCAGGAUUCAGUGUCUAUCUCACAAUAUCUAUGCGUUGUGGCUCUUGUGGUGCUUGUCUGGACCUACACCCUUAGGUCAACCCUCAAUGAAAACUCCCUCUUGCUUCUUGAUGUAAGCCUUCUUGGUUCAGGUUUCUUAAUUCUCCUAUUAACUGAAGAAAUGCUCUCCCUCAACCUUCUUUUGCACUAUGUCCUCAAUGUUUCCUUUUUUACCACUGGUUUGUACGUUUUGGCCCCUAUCUACCAAACCUUGACAAGGUCCAUUAGCUCUGAUUCCAUUUGGGCAGUAACUGUUUCACUUCUCUUGCUUCAUCUUUUCUUACAUGACUAUUCUGGAUCUACAAUAAGAGCUCCAGGGGCUCUUAAGAAUCCUAACUUGACUAGUUGUAUCUCCUUAAAUGCUUCUAUUGUUGCUUCAGUUUUCAUAGCAUCUCGACUGCCAUCAAGAUUACAUGUGUUUGCUAUUAUGCUAUUCUCGUUACAAGUCUUCCUCUUUGCACCAUUGGUCACCUAUUGUAUCAGGAAAUAUUCUUCUCGCUUGCAUCUUCUGUUCUCCUUUGCACUGAUGGCUGUGACUUUGACUUUUGUUUAUAGCCUGCAUCGCCUACUUUUUGUGCUACUGGUGGGAAUGUUAGUCUUUGUUAAUGUGGUUUGUCCUUACUGGCUUAUAAGGAUUCAGGAAUACAAAUUUGAGAUCAAUGGCCCUUGGGAUGAGGCUAAGCUUUGUUUUGACAUUACAGAUUGAGAUCAUUUUUGCCACCUUCAGUUAUUGAACAGAAAUUUUGAAACUUAACAAGAAUUCAGUUGCCUGUAAAUUGUCUCCAUUGCUUAUGUUUUAUUUUCAACUCCUAGUUACUCUUUAAUAUGCUUUGCUAUAAAAUGGGUGGUUCUUUGAUACAAAAGAUCCUGGCUUAAGCAGCAGGUAUUA